CCACGCAUGCUUCCUAGCCGGCUCCUUAUCGCGCUUCCUCCCGGCUCCCUCGGCCGCUGUCUGCCCGCUCCGGCCGGGAUCGGAGCCCUUCGCCCAUGGGCUGAGGGGCGGAUGGCGGCGGCCGCACUGCAGGAUGGACCAAAUGGUGUUUGGUAUUUCCUGCACUGGACUGGGCAGAGCGGAUUCAGAAAGCACAGAGGCUCAACACUGAGGCAUAGACAACAUUUCCUUCUGGAGUAAGGCACCUGCAAUGGGCAAAAAUAUCCUAGUCSCAGGGAAAGUUUGAUUCUGACUACUGGUGUGCUUUUCAAAGAACAACUGACGAUACAAAGGACAAUGCACAGAGUGUAUCCCGAUGACAUUUUGUGUGCUGUGACAUGGUUUUUGUCAUGGCAUCUGAGACUGAAAAGGCCCAUGCUCUUCUUCAGACUUUCAGCACAGCCUCAGUCAUUUCCAGUCUAGGUUUGGGGAUAUUCUGCUUCAUAGCAGACAGAUUUCUGCAGUUUUCCUUCAUUCAGCAAAAUGACUGGCUCCGAGCUUUAUCUGACAAUGCCGUGCAUGGUAUACUGGGAAUGUGGUCCUGGGCAAUAGUGAUUGGACUCAGGAAGAAAAGUGAUUUCACUGAGGUCACUCUGGCCGGCUUCCUUGCCUCUGUCAUUGAUGUGGACCACUUCUUUCUUGCUGGAUCCUUGUCAUUAAAGGCUGCUCUGACUCUUCCACGGAGACCACUUCUUCAUUGUUCUACUGUGAUUCCCGUGGUGGCUCUUUCUUUGAAGUUUUUUAUGCAGCUUUUCAGGCUGAAGGACUCAUGGUGCUUUCUGCCCUGGAUGUUGUUCAUAUCCUGGACUUCUCAUCACGUCCGUGACGGGAUUCGUCAUGGCCUGUGGAUCUGCCCAUUUGGAAAAACUCCUCCUUUGCCAUAUUGGCUGUAUGUGGCAAUUACAGCAUCUUUACCUCACCUGUGCUCAUUUAUUAUGUAUUUAACAGGCACUAGAGAAUUAAUGUCUAUAAAACAUGGAAUCCGCAUUGAUGUAUAGGCAUGAUGGUUUUUAAAGGCUCUUUGUGCUAGCGCUUGAAAUAAUCUGCCUGUCCAUCACAGAAGGGUUUCCUUUUACACCUUCUGAGUUAGGCACUUGAAGGUUGUGGAGCCAAUUACAGCUCUUGUGACAAUUAUUUGUGGUCAUAGAACCUACUUAAUGAAUGAUAAUAAUUUUAUAUCUGUACAUUCCCCUUGAAUGGUAUGUGGUCUUCCAUGAUAGUUCAUGCAUAGCCAGCUGAUUUAUGAAAUAUUUAGUCUCUGUAGUAAUUAAAUUACAGUUUACUGCCAUUCAUCUAUCACCAUUCACUUUGAAUUUGUAUUCUACCUUUAGAGAAUACAUUUCAUCUAGAUAGUAUUUGUAUAGCACUUUAAAAAUGGGAAGUUCUAUAUAGGGUUACUGAGGAUUUAAUAGUGUAUGGCACUUCUGAAAAAAACCCUCAGUUAGCCUUUUGAGUUUAUUUAUUUAUUUCUUAGGAGUUCUGCUGGACUCUUGUAUUCAACUAUUUUAAAAGAAAUACUGCCUAUGUUUCACACUGUCUAUCCGCACCUCUUUGAACCUGCUAUUGCAGAGUGUUUUACUAAAUUCUGAAUUCCCCUAUAGUUGCUUGGUAUUACAUUUGCAUAAAAUUACUAGCUUCAAAAUUAGAAAGGAGAAGACAAUUUGGUUAUCGUAUUUUAGUGUGUUGGCCAAAUUGUUUAAGAAAUACACUAAUUAUGAACACUAUUUAAUUUAAACCUAGAAGUUUUAGUAAAUAAGGAUUGUAUGAAGAUUCAGGGAGACACAAGAAAAUAAAAUUUGCUCAUGAUAUAAGUUUGCUUAAAGACUUYACUACUCAAUAAAGCAUUUUCCAUUAAGUGCAAUAUCAUCCUCAUAAUUGUAAAGUAAAAUGCAUUAUUAUUAUUAUUGUUAUACAGAAAUAGAAACUUCCUCAUAAAUAAGUUCCUUAAGGAAAAGUGUUAUUAUGCUGCAGGUUUAUGAGGUAGUAAUUUGCACUAUGGACUACUCCAUUUUCAUUUACAGACAUCUCUCAGAAAGAGUCCCAAAUUAAAAAUUGUCUGGUCUUG